AUGACGACGACUGCGGCUAUGACUCCGACCUCUACUUGCUCCAACUCCUCUGCCAACGACUCCUCUCCCGCCCCCAAGGCUAGCCCAUCGGCGCUGCCACCGCUGACCACGACCACGCCCACGCCCACGGCCUCCACACGCCGCUCAACACUCUCCCGACCAAUGUCGCACGUCUCGAGGAACCGUCUCUCCCAAUUCUCGACGGGCUCUGUCCCUUCCAAGUCGAGGCCAGAAUCCAACGCCUUUCCGCUCUUCCCUUCCACCCUCUCAUACACCCUCGUGCGCGAUUUCGCAUACCCAUAUACAAAUCCACUACAUUAUGGGCCUCCUCCAGAGUCGUCGGGGCCGCCGUCGGGAUGGACUACUCCCGCCAGCGAGAGUCGCAGACUGUCGGACCCCCCUGUUGCGUGGGACCAGCGCUUUUCUUCGCACUUCUGGGGCUCCGAGGGACUUUCGCGCGGUCAUGAUAUCCCCCCCAUUCACUGUGGUGACGGCGGCCCACCAUACAGUGAAGACGAAGAUCUGCAGAGUCCUGUAGUGGCCACUCGACACCGUAAGCACAAGUCUACCGCAUCAGCCGGCGGCGCACGCCGUAGCCAGAUUCUAAAUCCCUCCAACUACGACAGCGAGAGGGGCUACUAUGUUGGUACCGGCGGCGAUGGCCGUGAAAAAUAUUACGUGAACCAAGGAGGAGAAGCGAACGGCCCUGGCGGCGAGUUUGUCACAUAUCCUUCCGAUCAAUCACGGCACAGUCGUGCGUACCACUUUGACCAGGCUGGUCGCCCCCAUGAUGAGUAUGUCGGCUCGGAGAAUGCAAGCUCCCCUGCGUCGUCUACUUUUCAGGAUGCGGACCAAUCCCGCUAUUCACGGGAUUACCAAUUCACCAUCACCUCGCCCGACGAGGAAUUUCACGGAAAGGCUGUCGCUCUUUUCGACUUUGCGCGCGAAAACGAAAACGAACUUCCCCUCGUGGAAGGCCAGAUAAUCUGGGUCUCGUACCGACACGGCCAGGGCUGGUUGGUGGCUGAAGAUCCCAAAACUCAGGAGAGCGGGCUCGUGCCCGAGGAGUAUGUGAGGCUUCUGCGUGAUAUUGAAGGAGGAAUGAACAGCCUCACGGGUAAUCUCAACGAUCCCAUGAGCUCCGGAAACGACGUCAGCACCCCAACACAGGCCGAACAUUUUAACUACAGCCAGCCAACAGGCAGCGGCAGCGGCACCAACGGCUACCACCAGCCCGUGGUGUCCAUGUUCUCUACCUCGAGCAAAGAUCUCAACCCAUACCCAACUGAGCAGCUGGGUAUUCAAGCUGGACAGGCUCCGCCUCAAGUGGUGCAUUACCAUGGCCAGCGUGGCGGCAGCCAGACGAGCACUCCAACGAUCAACCAAUCUCAGGAUACGCCCACGCUUCCCAAGGAGAGUGAUGUCGCAACCCCAAAAGAAGACAAGCGGUCAUCUUGCCAGACAUCAAGGGAUUCAAAGGCUAUUGCCGCAUUAAAGGAAGAAGAAAACAUUCGCUCCCAGCACCGAUGA